GAGGUGGCGGCAGGCUGACUCUCGUUCAGGGUCACCGCAAUGCACUUUCACUCGACUCGGAUUCGGACUCGGGUGCGUAUACUUAAUGCGCCGCCCCGCCAAAGCGGAUGUUGCUCAUACGCCGCGUCGGCCGAGAGUCGUUUGCAUUGGCCCACCAAUUCGUGCACUUGAAAUUGCAUUGGCCGUCCUUGGCGGGCACUGCGUGUGGGUCGAGGCAAUGCGCAUAAAAAUUAAGCGAAAAGCAAAUACUUAUGUAUGUAAUAAAAGGGGUUCGUUUUUUGGAAGCAUCCACAGUACUGCCUCUGUAAAUAGAAAACAUCAGUGGCUUGUCAUAAAGUCAUUGCUUAAAAAUAACAUAUAACACUUAUAAAAGACUUCAAAUAGUUGGUUUAGGUUUAAAUGCUUUAACUUUAUUCUAUUUUGUAAAAUGUUGAUUUGGGAAUAAGACCUUUUUGAAACCAUGAUUAUGAGAUGUGAACAGCAAGUCCCACGAUAAAUAUGAAUUCAUAAUUUCUACAAAUCACCAUCUUACGUACAAUCACAGAGUUCCGCUGAAUUUUUGGUCGCCUAGCUGCAGACAAAGCCUAAUAAAGUUCAAAGACCAAGCUCAUUAACUUUGGCCGCAGUCAACAAUGCAGGGGCCAGGCAAUUUGUUUAUUUAAUAUGCAUCUACAAAGCCGCUAAAUGGCCAUUAAUUAAAUAUCAAAUCUGCCACGGCCAAUAAAUGCGAGACCACUCCCAGAGAGACGAUUGGAGCUCGAAAGCCAAACAAUGUACCAUAAAUACCAAUCGCAGGCCAAACUAUGUACAUAUGUAGAUACGCACCUGAGAUCGGGAAAGUUCAAGGCUGCCAUCCGGCGCAAGUGAUUAUGGCAAUUCCAAUCCAGUACAGGCAACUCCGGGGUAAUGCUUCCGCCUAAGCUGAUCGGUUGAAUAACCCCAGAUAUAUCAUAUACAUAUGUAUGCUGGCCCGACACCCGUGGCAAAUUAGGGUCAAACAUGUGCAGCCAGCGAGCUCGGCUCAGUCAGCAUUCAGCAUUAAAUUCAGGGUCAAUCGGCACUUUCAAAAUCGCACACAGCUCGGAUUGAGUCGGACAUGGAUUCUGAGCAAUCUUGUCAAUCAAUGUAAUCGCCGUACUACCUUUACAGUGCACGAAAUUUGGCAUUCAUUGUAAGAAUCUAAAAUAUGUUUAAUUCUGCAAAAAGUCAACAAGCAAGCUGAAAAUUAUUAUUAAGUAUUUAUUUAUUUAUGUGAUUAAUAACCUCUGAAUAAUGUAAAACCAAUUGCGUUAUUAGUUCGCAGAGCCAUUGUUUUUCCGAGUACACAUAUGUAUUUGGUGUAUGUUGCACGUAGAUAUAUAUCUGUGCGACUUUUGCCAUGCGUAACGCUGCCGGCUGGCAAUCCGACCUUUUUUGGGGGGCACUUUUAUGGAGCAUGAGAAACGGAGACAGAUAUCAUUGCUUUUAAUUGCCCGAUCUGAGCGCCUAGGCCUAGGUCAGUCUGUACCAGAUUGCAGUCCCUGCCCCCACUUCACUUCAUUCCACUCUUCACUCCACUCCAUUGCGACCAUAAUUAAUUUAAUAAAAUGUAAAGCAGCCUGGUCGGAAAAAACUUGACUCAUUCUCGGCGCUCAGAAGCGACGUUGAGCGGUAUUCGAAAAUCGGUUGACUCACAAACUUGAGUUCAACUCGUUUCUGUGGCAUUCAACGGCAAGCGAAUAAAAGUUCGCCGUCUCGAUAUUCUAUGAUCAGUUUACAGUCUCAACUUCACCCAGGUGUUCCAGUUUCAGUUUCGUUUGUCGAGGAUUAGCCCCUGAUAUACAAGUCCAUAUCAAAGCCAAUCAUGCCGACCGCCUGCCAAGUAACGCUGCUCGCUGGAUGCCUGCUUCUGGCCAUGGGUUCGAUUCGGGCCCAAUUCUUCUACCACCAGGCGCUGGGUCUGCCGGUUGCGCACGCUUACGAGCCGGCCAACCAGUACCAGGGAUAUGCCACAGCCGAUGCCCAUCCCUCGGUGGUGCGAAAUGCCCAGUGGGAGUCGGAGUUGCCGGCUGAGCUGUCGAAGAGUGCGCGGUUCUACAAUGAUCCCGUGAUCGCCGCCAACCUGGCCAAGGAAUCUCUGCUUACCAAGAAGGAAAUGGCGGUGGUGCAUCGCGAGGCUGAGAAAAUUCCGCGCGAGCAGGUGUACAAGCUCUUCAAGAACGCCGGCUACCUGAGUAGCAGAUAGAACUCACGAAGCCAAAUGAGUUCCGUUCCCCACGUGCCUUGUUGUAUUUUAGCUCGUAAAUUGUUAAUAUAUUGUACAUAGUACUAUACAUAUUAAAUGUUUUUUCUAAAAAUGA